AUUUGAAGAUGGCUCUGAACUACGUGUCCUUGUCCGCCGGCGAUCAAGCGAACAGGGUGGCCUACCGCUCCUCCCACGGCGACCUCAGCCCGUCGGCCUCAGCGUUGGCGAUGGUCUCCGGAGACAGCUUCCUCGUUGCCAGGCCGGAGGCGACUCCUCCGAUCCCUAUUCCUCGGCAGGCUGGGAGGCCGAGCGUUCGUCCCGAGCGCAGUCGGGCGGCUGCUGGCGGUCGGAGCCCGGCCCGCCUUAUAAAGGGGAGGGAACCGGAUGGGCGGAACCGAAGCCGUCAAGCUCGGUUCUCCCCAUACCCGACCCCUGGGGUUAAACUCGAUCUCUUAAGGAGUGUGCUGCAGCAGCGUCUGGUUGCCUUCGGGGGUGUUCUCGCAGCCCGGCUGUUGGCGUAAAACCGGGAGCCCCCUCCGCCCCCUGAUUAGCUUGUGAACAAGGCUUCUCUCAAAUGCUUUCUUGGUGCAACUGCAGUCUUAUUUUUAGGGGGAUGAAUUUCGUUUUAAUAUAAAAAUACGGAGUCCAGUUAAGAUAGCCCAGCAUAAAGGGAAUUUUUACUAUUGCACAAUUCAGAUGGUUUUAAGCGGCCAGAAUGGUUAGUUCGGGAAGGAGAUAGAAGAGAUUUUUUUUUUUCUUAAGUAGUCACAAAGCUGAGCUGGAGGGACCACCCUUCCCAGAGGACAGCUAAGCUUUUGUUCACCCUUUGUGCACUCCAUUCCAACAGUGGAUCCACAUGUCUGCUUUCCACAAGUCUUCCCUUCCCUCGCUGGCAGAUUCUCUACUUUGGGAUUUGUAUUUCAGGCUUCCUUGACUGCCUCCCUUUCUACCUCAGAUGAUUGCCUUUACCUUUACUUCUGUUGGCGAAAAGGAAAGGCUGCUUUUUACUACCCUGGCUUGUCCUUCCACCUAUGGCCCAACACUUACCCUGCCAUCUUGUCCUCAACACUUAACCCUCUUCCAUCUUCCAUCUCCCUUCUUCGCUUUUUCUUCAGGAAUAUCUACAAACUUCACUCUCAACCAUACUAAAAACAGCAAAAGCAAAACCUAAACCUUGCUACUCUUUCAAAUUAUUAAACCAAUUUUAUAUUUCUUUCUUUGCCAAAGGCUCCAAGUGGUUUUUUACACUUAAAUUUGUCAUUUUAUUAUUCUCAUUCAGUCCUGGCUUCCUGAAUCUGAAUCUCUUGUCCCCAAAUACACAAAAAUUGGAAACGUUACUCACAGUCUCCUAUCAGGAAGCGGUUCAUCUGUUCUCUCUAGCAUCUUCCUUGAACUUCCUUGUUUGUCUUUACUCAUUCAACAAUAUUUGAAGAUCUUUCUAGUGGUAAGCACUGUGGAUGAACUUUCCAUAGUCCUGCCGUCAAGGAGAUAAGGAGUGUAUUCUAAAUAGAGAGGCCAAUAAGUCGAUAGGUGAUCACACUGGACUGUUGAUUAGGAGCAGUGAUAAGAACAUGCCCUGAUCGCAGCGGCCUUCCGGAGUACUGCACUGGUUCUUUGACCUGGCUGAUUGCUCCUUUUUUGCUAAUAUUUUUGUUCUCUUAACCAUACAUUCCCCAAGGUUUAAAGGGUGGUUUUGGAGAAAGUUAGUGGGUUUUGUAAGUGCCACUUCUUUAUGUAAGCCAGUAGACUAACUUUUUCCCAGGGAACUCUUGUCUGUAAUUAUGUUUGGACGAAGCAGAAUUACCAUACCCCACACAACUGAGUUGUUAAAACUACGUCUUAAGAAAAAUGUUGCUAAGCCAGAGAACUUCCAUAAGAGAGAUUAAUAUAGUAAGAGAUCUGGAAACCAGGUUAUAGGAAAAAUGUUUGAAAGAGUAACAAUAGCUGCUUUUUAUUGAGUGCUAUGUGCAAGGUUGUGUGCUAAGGGCUUUUAUUCAUUGUUUAUUCAGAUGUUUAUUGAGAACUUAUUCUCUGCCUGCUGCUACCUGUGUUUGGCACUUAGA